CUUUCAAGAGCCGAUCGGUUAUUGUCCUUUAUUAAUUUCGAAAAUCUUACUUAUUGCUGUAUAAGGGAGGGACUACAAAAACUUUGAUCAAAAUAACUCGGUGUUUUCAUUUUUGAUCGUCUAAUUUAAGAUACAGACAGUUCUUUGAACAUUUAAUAGAAGAAAACUUAUUUUAGUAAAACCAAUUAAAGCGUACGCCCUCUGAGUAGUAUGCAUUCGAAAAUGUAGGUUGUGUCCAUUUCUCUACUUAGUACUUAGCAGUACUAUAUAGUGUAAAAUUAAAUCAUACGUUAUAUACCUACCUUCUAUUUAAGGUUGGCUAUUUUUGAUAUAUCUGGUGAAUUAAGUUGUGCAUUAAGUGUGUCUUUAAAGCAUUUCAUAAUUCAAGCUGUAAAAAUAUGGGCGUAUAAUUAGUAUCAGUAAACUUUUUGCAGCUUCUUCGUAAAAUAAGCUUAAUAUUUUGUUUUGAAACUGUUCCAGCUGCAAAGUGCAAAUAAUGUACACGAAUAAUAAAAUUUCAGCGUGUAUCCGAAAGUAAAAUUAAGAAUGUCAAAUGUACGUUUCUUUCCGUAGUUUCUUUCUGUAAAACAUUUCAUUCUGAACAGAGGGUUACAAUUUGUUUUAAGAUUGUAAAAGACUUCAAGCGAUAUAAAAAAGUAUCUGAUAUUAUUUUAUAUUCUAAGUGAAAUAUUAUGCGGUAGUUGCUUUAUUAAUCUUAAAUAAAUAAAUAAAGUUCGUGUCUAUUUGUUCAACAUACUAAGUGUAUCGGAACGUAGUCAAAAACCUUGAGACGUUGGCAUUUUUGGCAUUUCGUUGGCUCUCGUUUGGCAGAUGGGGAAAAUGAAUUGAUCGAAAAGAAAAAUCUUUGCCAGGAUUAUCUGAAUGAUGUCAUUUGAGUGAACUAAGAUCGUGUUAAAGUUUAAAUUUUGUUUGUGUUAUAAUAAUAUUUAGUUAGAAAAAUGGCUUCGCGUGGAGGUCCUAUGGUGACUGGUACCAAUGGUGCCGAUUUUGAACAUAGAGAGAAAAUAGCAGCACAAUAUCAGAUUAGUGCUCUAAACAAGUCUCGCCUGAAGUACUGCGUGUUCUUCCACCACAUGAUGUUCCUGGUGAUGCUGGCGAAGCUCUCCGCUGACAUCCUCGACAAACUCGAUAUAUUCAUACUGGAGAUUGAGGAGCUGCAGAUACCACAGCCUCUUUGGUGGGAGUACAUCUGGUGCCUCUCUCUGCUGCUUUCCUUCCUCGGCCUCUCAGCAAUUAAACGCAACAACAUACGCCAGCUGCGACACUACAUGUACGGGAUCACGGCGCUGGGCUUCGGGCCCCUGCUGUACUGCGUGCUGUACUACUGCGGCGAUGUGUGGCGGUACCUGACGAUGGACGAGGAUGAGGACGACAGCAGCGAGGUCGACAUCGAGCUGUGGCAGGUGGGUGGCUUCCCCUACGGGCUCCUGUGGUACGCGUUUGUGUUGCUGGCGUCACAAAUACACUUCUUCCAGCUCUACUUCUCCUUCAACCUACUAAAAGCGUGGCGCGCGAGGGGAGCGCUAAGGAAAACCGACUAACCGCACUAGACUUACGGUUCAUUUCCUUUGAUCAUGCAUACACUGCCAGUGUGAAUGGAACAGGUAUUCUGUGUGAUGGUUUGUGACAAUGGUUAGCUUUUAUCCAGUUUGUAAAUUAAUUUUAGCCAAUAAUUGGUUAAACGUUAUAGUACUUUAUUUUGUAUUUGAACUGCUAUUCUCGAUCUAAAUGCUAUGGCAAUUAAAAAAUGUUUUAGGUUUAGAAGUGACAUAAAAUUGAAAAGGCAAAAUAUCAAUAACGAACUGGAGGAACGCUUACCAAAUUCAAGGUUAGUUAAAAUACCACAAAUUUUCAAACAAUUGUAGUUGCAAUUUCACUGUUUUGAAAUAGCUUUCGCACUAUUUCCAACUACUUUGUCACGACUGGAAUGAAUGUUAGAGGGCUACAACCAACGAAAUCGACACAACUGGCAAAUUUAAUAAUAAGUUAAACAAUUUUGUAUAUUAUCAAAAGUUAGUCAUUCAUUUAUUUAUAAGUGUAAUCCAUUUUCAUACUCAUGUAAAUUGGUUAAAGUUUCAAAAGACACAUUUUAUUGCAGUUGACACAAUACAUACAUAGUGUAAAUAAUUUAUGUAUUAACGUUUAAUAGUAUAAUGACCAAUACUGAAACGCGACUCAGUUUUAAAUCACCGUUGUAAAAAAUAUGUUAGAUCUACCUUCAUGAUAUUUUAGUGUUUGGUAAUAGGGAUGAUGACUGGUUAUAAAGAUGAAAAUGUUUUAAGUCUAAAAUAAAGUGUUCUAAAGUUCACGAGUGGCUUAUGACGUAACGACUUAGCAAAUUUUACUCUCAAAAGUGACGUCAUGCGUAUUUUCCAUUCACUGUAAUUUGACCAAUUUUGCGAGAAAAUAAAUACUUCUCAAUUUUAAUUUAUUAAAAUACAUGACUUACAUUUAGUGUCAUCAUCCCUAUUAACAUGUACCGUACGAUACAAAGGCCUAGUCCCGGUCUAAAAUAUACAAUGUAUAAUUAAAGAAUUUAACUUGAUACUGCUAUUUCGCUCUGUCUAUUUUAUAUAUCUGUAGGAGCGAGCGAAAGAGCAAGAUUCUUAGUUGCUUCAAUCACAAGUAUGGCCUACAGUCAGAUAUCGAAUUUUUCGAAGUUCUAUCGCCGUCUCUUUCUUUCUCUAUUAUCUUUAUAUGGCUAUUUCAAGGUAUAUACGCUGUAUUAUAAGGAAUAGUCUAUCAGACCUCAAUCAGUGGCCUGGCAAAAUAUCGAACUCUAUAUUACUGACUUAGUAUUAUUUCUCAAUAAAACUAAGUGGAUUUUGAUAUUUGUGUUCUGGCAACACUGACAAGUGCUUAGUGUUGCCAUUAUUGGAAUUCUUUAAACAGACAUUGUCCUUACUUAUCUAAAAAGGAUUAUAUUGCCCCAUAUGCUACUAUCUCACAUUUCUUAGUUAAUUUAUAAAUCAUACAAAUAAAGCAAUGAAUUGAAAACAAAAUUAAAGGAACAUGAAAUCGUUCUUAUAUGAACAAUUAUGAUAGUUAGUAAGGAAAUAUAACUCAAUCUCUAUUUUAGAUACAUGUUUAGUAUUUAAAAUAUUAAAUGUAGUUUUUGAAGCACAAAUGACAUUUGAUUAUUCUGAAAAUAUGUAACUUUAAUCGAGCAAUUUUACUUACCGGGAGGGGCUGUUGUCCAGCUUUGGGACAGGUGCGUGGGCCUGCAGGUUAUUAUCUAUCUGUUUUAAGCCAUUUGUGGAAGGCCAUAUACGAUUUUUCUUUAAUUUAUAAUCUAUGGUAAGAUUAUAAAGUAUGGAAUGCACGAUUGCAUCAUUAAAGUUACCUAUUUGCCAUGUCUAAUAUAUUUUUCAAUUAAUAUAUGAUGUAACAAUGUUAAGUACUUAAAUAUACAUACUAAAUUGAUGUUCUAGUGUGUAUUUAGAUUGUUGAAAUUAAUUUAAAAUUUACAUUUAUUUAAAUUGUUAUUGUCAAAAAGGUUUUCUUCGAUGACGGGUAAAUAGCAAUACGUUUUGGUGCACAUUUGACUGAAUAGUUGAUUUUAAGACUAGUUGAUCGGUCUUUAUUUGUUGAUCUUGUGUCGGAUUUUGUUACUAAAUACAUGUCGGAUGCAUGGCUGCUGUGCCAAAAAUAGAGGGAUAUAUUAUAUUUACUCGAAAACAAGUCUUUGACAUCGCGUUCGGAUUGACUUUUGGUGUUAAAUUGGAAACUACAAGACAGGGGUUAAAAUAAAACCGUUAAUCAUAUUUUGUUUUUGUACACUACACUAGCGCCACCGAGAAUGAACUUAACUAAUGUCAUUUUCGCACAAAUCAGAUUCAUUUGCUGGCAGCAAGGUACUGUACACAGGUGCAGAUGAAGAAGACUGCAAUGAAGUUUGACAGCUAUAUUAGCGGCAAAUAAUUCAUCUUUCGACGGAAAUUAAUAACGUAUUCCCGUUGCAUAAUAAAAAAAGUAAGAUAGUUUUUUAAACGCGGUGUCAAAGAACGAAUAAAAAUGGCUACCUAAACACGAUGUAUAAGUGUAAGGAUGUAAAUAAAUAUAUUUAUAGGGGUUCAGUUCAAUUAAUAGUGUUUAAGUGUUUGAUUGUUUUCAAAGUUUUCCCUUGGUCUAUUUGUUUUUUAAUAAUAAAAUAUUUU